UUAGCAACAGGUACAACAACAGCAGGCGGCAGACAGCUGUCACCGACAAAAACCGCACAAACAACGAUUAACUGCGGUUUUUUUCCGAGCAUGGCCGACAGACGGCGGUCCGGGCACGGCCUCCGCUGCCUCUGCCCUCCGUGACACGGCCGAGCUGGCUGUGGGGAAAGUUUGAGCCCGGUAAACAAACAAACAGACAUAAGAAAGAAGCCUCGUGCUAACGGCAGGCUAACGGAGGAUGACAGCAGCGGAGCGAACAGGUUCAACGAUUAAUUCUACUGGAUGCUUCUCAGAAGCUAACGGUUCGUUUUAACGGGAUGCUACACAGAAGCUAACGGUUCGGUUUAACGGGAUGCUACACAGAAGCUAACGGUUCGGUUUAAAGGGAUGCUACACAGAAGCUAACGGUUCGGUUUAAAGGGAUGCUACACAGAAGCUAACGGUUCUGUUCUGAGCUCGCGGACGCCGGAAUGAGUUUCGUAUGAACUUUAUUGAACCCAGUGGGAAAGCGGAGGCGCCGUGACGUCACCAUGCUGGACUUCGAGGAGUGCGUCAUGGACUCGCCUGAGUUCAGAAUCAAGCUGGAUCAGAUGGAGAGUGAGGUUUCUGAGCUGGAGAGGACGCUGGAGAAGGUGAUGAAGCUGUGUGGGAAGAUGGUGGAGGCGGGACACGUCUACAAUGCAGCCAAUCAGCUGUUCCUCAGCGGCCUGGCAGAACUUUCCACCAAUCACAGGGCGGAGAGCAUCAUCACGACCUGUCUGCAGCAGUUCCAUCAGGGUCUGCAGGAGAUGCUCAGCUUCCACACGAUGUUGUUCGAUCAGACACAGAGAGCCAUCAGCCAGCAGCUCUCCAACCUCUGCACGCAGUUCCUCCCCCAGCUGGCGGAGACUCGGCGGGAGUUCCUGCGGAUCGGGGAGGACCUGGAGACGGCGGCGGCGAAGAACGCCCAGGUGUCCCGACACAGAGCGGCAGACGGCGAGCGGGCGAGUCACCUGCUGCUCGCCACGCGGAAAUGCUACCAGCACUUUGCCCUGGAUUACUGUCUGCAGCUCAACACCUUCAAGACUCAGCAGAGGAUCGACAUCCUGAACUCUAUCUUCUCCUUCGUCCACGCUCAGUUCACCUUCUUUCACCAAGGCUUCGACCUUCUCAGAGACCUGGAGCCCACCAUGAAGACCAUGGCAGCUCAGUUAUCACAGCUGUCUGCAGAGUGUGCAGCCCAGAGGAAGGAACUGGAGAACACACACCUGCUUGUUCAGCAGAGAGAUGCGUCUGGCGAGCCGCUGGUCAGCCCGGCUCCCGGCAGUGACGACAUCAUCCAGGGUUACCUGUUCAAACGCUCCAGGAGGAAACCUAAAACCUGGAAACGGUGCUGGUUCACGCUCCGAGACAACCAGCUCACGUACAGGAAGUCACACAAGGAGGACGCUGUGGUUCUGUUUGAGGAUCUCCGGCUCUGUGCUGUGAAAUCCAUGGAAAACAUGGACCGGCGGUUUUGCUUCGAGCUGCUCUCCGUGCAGAAAUGCUGUGCUCUGCAGGCGGACUCGGAGCAGCUGAAGGUCUCCUGGCUCGGCGCUCUGCAGGGCAGCAUCGACCUGGCCUACAGGAAGCAGGCGGAGGCUCCGCCCACACAGCCCGCAGAGCCCCCCCCUCCCCAGUGUGGGGGGGACGCUGGGCCCGCCCCCAGCCCCGGCCCCGCCUCCCGGGCCUCGGCCGUGCUGGCCGUGGCCCUGAGAGGGUCCGGGAACCAGAGGUGCUGCGACUGCCAGGAGGCGGAGCCUCGCUGGGCCUCCGUCAACCUGGGAGUGACCAUGUGCAUCGAGUGCUCCGGGAUACACAGGAGUCUCGGUGUUCAUUUGUCCAAAGUGCGAUCUCUCACUCUGGACUCAUGGGAGGCUGAACAGCUCAAGCUGCUGUGUGUUUUGGGGAACGACGUCAUGAACCAGAUCUACGAGGCGCGCUGCUCGGAGGAGGGCGGAGUCAAACCCGGAGCCGGCAGCCCGCGGGCGCAGAAGGAGGCGUGGAUAAGACAGAAGUAUGUGGAGAAGCGGUUUGUGCGGCCGUCGGGCCUCCGGAGGGACGAGGCGUCGCUGCGGCUGUACCGGGCCGCUGAGGCAGGCGACCUGGUCGCCAUGGCGACCGCGCUGGCAGGGGGCGCCGAGGUGAACGGCAGCGUCGGCGAGGAGGAGGGCCGCACGGCGCUGAUUGGCGCGGCCGUCGGGGGCUCGCUGGCGGCGUGCGAGUUCCUGCUGCUCAACGGCGCCAGCGUCAACCACCGGGACCUGCGGGGCCGCGGGGCGCUGCACACUGCGGCCACUGCCGGACACACCGGGCAGGUGUGUCUGCUGCUGAAGAGAGGAGCCAAUCAGUACGCUGCGGAUGAGAGGGGCCAGGACCCUCUGGCCAUCGCCAUGGAGACGGCCCACGCUGACAUCGUCACGCUGCUGCGGAUGGCUCGGAUGAACGAGGAGAUGAGGGACUCGGAGGUGUUCGGAGCUGCCGGAGACGACGAGACGUUCCAGGACAUCAUCCGAGACUUCAGCGACAUGGCAUCCCACGACCCCGACAGACUGAGCCGGAGGCAAUUCAGCCGGGCGGGGGAGGGGCCAGAGAAGGAGGGGGAGGAGGCUGCAGGUUACCGUGGUAACGGUGGACUCACCCAGGAAUGAGCUGUGGUGCGUUCAGGGCCCAGAGCACUGUGGGAAACGUCAGCUGUUACUAACCCUGUUACAGAUGCUGACCACUGUGAUUUAUUCCACCGUCAGCCAAUCAGCAGCCGGCUCUGGUUGCCAUGACGACAAAACAGAGUCAGAAAGUGAACCUCCGAGUUCAGAUUUUUGGAACAGUUUCUGCUCAAUAUGUUUCCUGGAAUGUUUUUCUAAACAUCAGUUCCAGCGGCAGCGUGUCGAUCUUGAACCGGUGAACCUCCGGAGGAGCUCCUCCCAUCACGAACUAAUGCAGAAAACCUCAUCAGGUCAAAGGUCACAUUUAAUCAGAUUUAGCUUCAGGCUAACUUUAGACAAAAAUGUUACAAGUCCAUAAAAAGUUUAUUUUCUUUAUUUUAGGUGUUCGGCGGCUCGUAAAAUAGAAUUUCUACCACUAAAUGUUACAUUGUUCCACUGAGAUGUUCUCCAGAUGUGAGAACAGUUUACAGAUGUGAGGAGGAGAAAACGUCUUGUAGAACAUUAUCUAGAACCUGCUCAGAGCUCUUCUGGGAUAUGAAGAGGUGUUUCACCUCAUUAACAGUUUCAAACAUGUUAGAACUGAACACGAUAGAAAAACUGAACUAACUCUAAAGAGGUUCUAAGUAGAACCCAGACUGAAGUCUGCAUUUAGGACCAGAUUGAAGAGUUCCACAGCUGCUGUCUCUCUCUGCUGUUGUAACAUUUCAUUCAGUUACAGCCGUGCAAUAAAACCACUGA